AUGUUUCGGGCAACUAGAACCGGAAGUCAAAUCUUAAAAAAAAAUCAAAAGAGCUUGCUUUCGACCAUCUUUGCACGCUCCUCACCCUCUUCGGCAUUUCAAAAAAGAAGCGAUCAACAACAACAUCAAGACUACUCCAUUUCCCAUUCCAAUCGUCCAUUGCUCAUUGAACGAUCAAGCCUACAACACUGCUGCAACUCCUAUUACAAUUUUUUGGUAAGAAACCAUCCACAACAACAUCGAUCUAUUUCAACCUUUGUAUUUAAAGAAGACGAAGACGACGAAGAAAUGUCAGAACUUUACAAGAGAAAUGAUUUGGUAUUUAAUUUAACUGCCGAGCAAAUUGAGAAGGAAACUACAGCCUUGAUCGAGAAAUCAAAGGCAGUCCAUGAUGCUGUGGCCAACCUUCCAGAAUCCGAGAGAACAUUUGAAACUGUCAUUUUACCAAUUGCCUAUGAUGAAGCUUACUGCUCCAUUCAAGAGAACAAUCUCACCUUCCCAAGUUAUGUUAGUCCAAACAAGGACGUGAGAGAUGCUGGAUCCAAAGCAGAAGAAAGACUCUCUGAAUUCACCAUUGAAGUUUUAAUGCGUGAAGAUGUAUAUAAAGCUGUGAAAUAUGUUCAUGAAAAGAUGCAACAAGAAGCAGACAAGUAUGAUGACGAGGAUAAGAGAUUGGUGAAGAGAAUUCUCAGAGAUUAUGAACGUAAUGGUUUGGGUCUUCCUGAAGAAAAGAGAUCCAAAGUGAAGGAACUCAAGAACACUCUCUCUAAAUUAUGUAUUCAAUUCACAAAGAAUAUUGCUGAAGAUAAGACAGUUCUCACAUUUACAAAGGAGGAAUUGAGUGGAGUUCCAGAAGAUGUGAUCAAUAAUUACAAGACCUCCGAGGAGGAUCCAAAUAAGAGAGUUGUCACACUCAAAUAUCCUGACGUAAUGCCAAUUAUGAAAUACUGCAAACUUGAGGAAACAAGACGUAAGCUCGAAAUUGCAAGAGCUUCUCAAUGUCAAGAAAUCAACGUACCUCUUUUCGAACAAGCUGUCAAGAUUAGACAACAAAUUGCAGAACUCAUGGGAUACAAGACUCACUCGGAAUAUGUUUUGGAAGUGAACAUGGCCACUCCCGAUGAAGUUCUCACCUUCCUUGAGAAUCUUAAAGAAAAACUCAUUCCUGGAGGAAAACAAGAAUUACAAACCUUGAAGGAACUCAAAGGGUCUGAUGUAUACUCAUGGGAUUAUCUCUACUUGUUGACCAAAUUGAAGGAAGAACAAUACAGCGUGGAUGACAACCUGAUCAAGGAAUAUUUCCCACUCGAUGUCACUUUGAAUGGAUUAUUGUCCAUUGCUCAAGAAACCUUCUCUCUUCGUUUUGAAGAAGUCAAGGACACUCCUGUUUGGUAUGAAGAUGUGAAAUUGUAUGCUGUUUUUGAUAAGGAAACCGAUGCCUUCUUGGGUCAAUGGUAUAUUGACAGUUUCCCACGUGAAGGAAAGUAUUCACACUUUGCUGCCUUCCCAUUGAGUCCUCACUUUUAUGAUGAGCAUUCCAAGGAACAUUUUCCUGUUUCUGCAAUGGUGUGCAACUUCACCAAGCCCUCUGUUGAGACUGGCGUUUCCUUGUUAAAACACGAUGAAGUGAUUACCUUGCUCCAUGAAUUUGGCCACUUGUGUCACGGAUUCUUAUCAAGAACCAAAUACGCUCGAUUCAGUGGUACCCGUGUUGAGAGAGACUUUGUAGAAAUGCCUUCUCAAUUCUGGGAAAACUUUGGUUGGGAAAGAGAAGGUUUAAAGAAACUCAGUUCACACUACAAGACCAAGGAACCAUUACCAGAUGAUUUAAUUGAAAAGAUGAUUGCUGCCAAGAAUGUUGGCGUUGCCUUGUUCAAUCUUCGUCAAUUAUUCUUUGGCAUCUUUGACAUGACUUGUCACACCUUGAAAACUGCAGAGGAAGCUGAAAAGUUGAACAGUGGAGAACUCUGGAGAAGAUUAAGACGUGAGGUGACCUUGUUGGAAUCUCCUGAAGGUACCAAUGGCGCUGGAAGCUUUGGACACUUGAUGGGAGGAUACGACAGUGGUUAUUAUGGAUACUUGUAUUCUGAAGUUUUCUCUACAGACAUGUUUAGUGUUUUCAAAAAGACUGGAAUCUUUAAUCCUGAAAAUGGAAAGAAAUUGAGACGUGUAGUUUUGGAGAGAGGAGGAUCUAAGGAUGGAGGUGACAUGUUGAGAGAAUUUUUGGGACGAGAACCUUCACAAGAUGCCUUUUUAGAAGAUAUUGGUUUAUUGAAACCAAAACAUUAA